CUCUUGUGCUGCGCUGGUGGAAAAUCAAACAAACCCUAGUUUUCUGCAGAAGAGCUCGUAGUCUGAGAUCUUGCAUGGCGAACACAGACGGGACAGAUGGGUGAAUAAAGACACCCUCUUUAUCAUGACUAUCAUGGAUGUCUCAGAGGAAGACGACUACUUCUACCAUGAAAACAUCAGCUUCAACUUCAGCUACGACGACUACCCGGCCCUCUGUGAGAAGGCUGACGUCCGCUCCUUCGCCGCCCUCUUCCUCCCCGUCGUGUACGCAGUGUGUCUGGUGUUGGGGCUGGCAGGAAACGGCUUAGUCGUGGCGGUCUACGCCUACCACAAACGCCUAAAGACCAUGACAGAUGCCUUCCUGACCCACCUGGCCGUCGCUGACCUGCUGCUGCUCUUCACGCUGCCUUUCUGGGCAGCUGAUGCGGCGAGGGGCUGGGAGCUGGGCGAGGUCGUCUGUAAGAUGGUGUCGGCCUGCUACACGGUCAACUUCACCUGCUGCAUGAUGCUGCUCGCCUGCAUCAGCCUGGACCGAUACUUGUCGUUGGCCAGGGCGCAGGGCAGAGGGCACAGUGGGCGUCUGCAGAGGAUAUUCUCCAGGAGACACAGCUGGAGGAUUUGUUUUGUGGUUUGGAUGACAGCUUUUUUACUCGGACUUCCUGAUUUGAUCCUCUCCGAAGUGAGAUGGUCGUCCAACAGGAGCGUCUGUCUGGCCAUCUACCCUGCCUCCAUGGCUCGAGAGGGGAAGGCGGCUCUGGAGAUGGCCGAGGUGCUGCUGGGUUUCCUGCUUCCUCUCCUGGUGAUGGUGGUGUGUUACUGCAGUGUGGGCCGGGCACUGAAAGACCUUCCCACGGAGAGCAGAGGCAAGAAGUGGAAAGCUCUGCGCGUCCUCCUCACAGUGGUGGGGGUCUUCGUGGUCACUCAGCUGCCUUACAACGUGUUGAAGGUCUACCGAGCGAUGGACUCUGUCUACGCCCUGGUGACCCACUGCGGGACCAGCAAAGUGCUGGAUCAGGCGGCUCAGCUGACGGAGAGCUUGGCCCUCACUCACUGCUGCCUCAACCCCCUCCUCUACGCCUUCGUGGGCUCCUCCUUCAGGCAGCACAUGGGGAAAGUGGUCAAAAAGUUUGGCGAGAAGAGAAGACAGAGGAGGAGAGAAAACCCUUUAGAGGAAGUAGAGAUGGAGAUGUCAUUUAACUCCCACAGUGCAUCUCAAGAGACAAACACAUUCUCAAUAUGAUUCAACAUGGGGUAACAAUCAGUCUUUAUCACUCAUUUAGUAAAGUAGAAGAAAGGCAUGUGUUCAAAUCGUUAAGAUGUAAAAUUCCACUGAAGUUUUAACUCUUGAUUCCCUCAACAACAACAAAAGGAAGGUGUUAUGUCAAUAUUUUAGCUUUAGGCAAAGUAACCAAAUAAUUGUAUGUUUUUUCUGAUGCGAGUGAUGAACGAUUUGGUUUUAUGUUUUGAGUAUUUUAAAUGUACCAUUUGAACUUUGAUUUAAAAGUUUUACAGAAUUUUAAAAAAGCACUCAUUGCAGGAUAACUUACAAGCUUAAAUUUGAUUGUUUCCUUCUUUCUCCAGAACGAUGAGAUAACACGCAUUCCUCCUGGAUUUCACAAGACACAUUUACUGUUUUUCUAGCUGCGCUCACAGUAAAAAGCAGAACAAAGAUAAACACUCGAACUCGCUUCUCUUCAUCAUCACACACUUAACAAAUGAACUGGAACUCGGCUGUUUCAGAGAACUACUUUGUAACGGCAACUUGUUUGAAAUCAUCAUUGUUUUAAUUGUUAUCAACUUAAGUAAACAUACCUUCUACACUUGAUCUUAAACAUCUGCACAGCCUGAACCAGAUGUACUGGCAUGACUUAGAAACUAAUAAUGUCCUUUCUGAUCAUGAGUUGUACUUCUUAGCUGUAGUUCCUGAAAAUGAAAAGCUAUCACAUAUCAGCUUUAUGUCACUCAGGGUGCUGCUUGCAGAGCCUUGUCCCAAAUCUACGUCCAGUGGGAUUUAACUUCCCUUCAUGCGGGACAACCACAGAUUAGUUUCCUGAAUUCCUCAGAACAUAUGAGGCACAUUUACUGCACACGUACGUCUUAGUUUCACGGCACAACACACUGAAAAACAACUCCUAGUAACUUCUUUAUGAGGAGAUGGGCGUCCUUCGCAAUCGCUGCAAACUGCUAUUACUUCAUUACAGAUGUUUCUCUUCCGGACUGAUCAACCUUGCAAGAUGACUUGAAGAGGCAUAGAGAAGGAGGGUUGCACAGAUUUAAGCAUUGAGUAAUGGACUUGUUAAGCGUCCGGUAAAAGCACAUACCUCUUUAGAUACAGAGUCUGUGGUAAUUACCAGGAGGUUAAACUCUUAAAUGUGCCGGUAAUGUUCAUUUGUUAUUGAUCAGGAUUAUCUUUCCCUUAUGUUGUGUUCGGGUCUCCCGUGACCCGUUUCUAGUUCAAAUGAUAUAAUAACUACGCUUUAGUUUUUUUUAAUCGGAACAAGGCUUCAUGAUAUCCUCCACAGCAGCUAUAU